AUGGCUGACUCUCCCAGGGAAGGAAAAGUGGCCAGGCCUGCGGACUUCACCCAGCUGAUUGACAUGGCAUCUGAGUUCGUAGGAGGAAAGAUUUUAUUUGCAACAGAUGACUUUUUUGCUCCUGCAGAAAACCUUAUAAAGACGGACAGCCCAAGUUUUAAAGAACAUGAGUGCACUGAGUUUGGGAAGUGGACGUCUGGAUGGCAGACCAGAAGGAAAAGGAUCCCAGGUCACGACGGGUGUAUCAUCCAGCUGGGAGUACAGGGGGGGGUCAUCCGGGGCUUCGAUGUGGACACUUCUCACUUCACACGAGGAGAUCAUGCUCCUCGAGUGUCGAUUCAAGCAGCAAACUUUGAAGAAGAUAAACAACCAGAAAUCCCACAACGAGAAGUCAGGACAUGAGCCACAGCCAGCCCUGAGGAGUCUGAAGUCAUUGCUGAGCUGAAGUCCAACGACUGGAAUUGUUUGGUUCCCAUGACAGAGCUUAAACCGGGAAAUCCUGCUUCCAGCCACAGUUGUUUUCCUGUCAACUCCCGGCAGAGGUGAGGUCACAUACGACUCAACCUCUUUUCAGAUGGCAGAAUUGCACGUCUUAGGGUAUAUGGUACUGGACAAAAAGACUAGACUGCCAGUGACCCUAAAGAACCAUUAGACCUGGUGACCAUCAUUUAUGGGGGUGCCUGUGUAGGAUUUAGCAAUGCACAUUUUGGGCACCCAAACAAUAUAAGAGGAGUCGGCAUGGCAAAGUCUAUGGCGGACGGUUGGGAAACAGCACAAAGGCCGGACAGGCCACCGAUACUGGAGAAUGAUGAGAAUGGUGUUCUCCUGGUUCUGGGUUGUGAAUGGGCAGUUUUCUGACUGGCACAUCCUGAAGUGAUAACUCAAAUUGAAAUCGAUACAAACUAUUUCAAAGGCAAUUCUCCUGACAGCUGUAGGCUGGAUGGCUGCAGCCGGACGACUCAGGAGGAGGAAGACAUGGUCAAGCAGAAGUGGGAUCUUCCGGGCCAUAAGUGGGAGCCACUGCUUCCAGUCACAAAGCUAAACCCCGACGCGAGCCACGUGUUGGACAGCCUAACCCAGGACCUGCAGGACAGCACCGCCCACGCGAAGUUCACCGUCGCCCCGGAGUGGGGCGUGAGCCGCCGCCUCCGACUCAAGGGCUUCCCCAGCUCCAUCUGCCUCCCGCGGCCCCGCAGGAGGCCCGCGACAAGCUCUGCCGUCCUCACCUGCCCGGGCUCUGAUGCGCGUCACCCGCCCCGGUUCUGCUUCCCCCUCACGUGUCCUCUCCCGGGCGGCGGCGCGCUGCGGUCACCAUCGCCGGGGGCGUCGGCGCGGGCGGCCCGGGCCGUGGGCUCGCGCGCGCCGCACGUGCUCGUGGACCCCGCGCCCGCCAGGACCAUCGUGGUGUGCCGCAACGGGGACCCGUUCUACGUGGGCCGCAAGUUCGUGCUGUCGCGGCGCCGCGUGGUCACCUUCGAGGCGCUGCUGGAGCAGCUGACGGAGCAGGGGGAGGUGCCCUUCGGUGCGCGGCGCCUCUUCCCGCCGACGCGCGGGCGCCCGGUGAGCGAGCUGGACGCGCUGCAGGCCGGCGGCAAGUACGUGGCGGCCGGGCGCGAGCCCUUCAGGAAGCUGGAUUAUAUUAAUAUAGUUCCCAGCAAACCUGCAAAGAUGAGAAAGUUGAAGGAAAUCAGGCCGGUGGUACAUUGUGACAUAAACGUGCCUUCCAGGUGGCAAACGUUCCAUCGUUUAUCCCGACAAAUCAAUGUUUUCACAGAUGGAAGAUUAUUUAUUCCACCUGUAAAGAUUGUUAUACCCAAAUUCAGCCUGACGGAGUGGAACUGAGUGCUGGCCACGAUCGGAGAGAAGGUCUUUCCUCUGGGAGGCGUUUGGAAAUUAUUUACAAUGAAUGGGCAUCUUCUGGACAACUCAGAGGAUUUGCAAGACAACCAUUUUUACGUUGCGGCAGGACUGGAGGCCUUCAAGUAUUUCCCUUAUUGGAAGUCCCCAGAGGUCCCCAGCGAAGUCCAACAAAAGUACACAGACAUUGAGAAGUAUUCACGAAGAAAGAAAAAAGAGGAUCCCAAGGUGAAAGAAACUCAUAAAUAUGACAACAUUCCACCCAAAGCACUGGAUUCUAUUUUUUACGCCAAAGAAGGAAAGAAGAAACCAAAGGCAGAACCUCUAAUCCAAAGCGGGGCAGAUGGUGACGUGUAUAAAGCCCAGACUCCUAACAAGGAAACCCAAGGAGCGCCAGAAGUUAAGGAGGCCCCGGACGUGCAUGUGGAGGUGCCUGUGGACCAGGUGGGUGCCGAGAUUGUGAAAGAAGAGACACAUAGUCACAUGCCUAAUUUUGAAAGCAACAAGGAGGAGUUUGCCAAGGAGGCAGUGCUGAGAAGGAUGCGGGACAAGGGGUCUGCAUGUGCAAAUGCGUGGAAGAGCGAUGGCACAUUGGGGGCGGUGACUCAGGGAUCUGGAUCCUUUGUGAUGCUGCCAUCUUCCGGAGGAGAGGAGAGACAGGAGGUGCCAUCAGACACUUACCAGCUCAGCCCAGAGGAGGACUUCACGUUCACAGCCCUGUGGUCGGAGGAGACAUUUGGCCCUGCCUGGGUGCUAGUUGGCUGGGAGCUGUCCGUGGCAGCUCGACACUAG